UCACUUUAAGGCAAAUACCAGGAAGUUAAAAGUGGAUACGGAGGGGCGAGCGGGUUGGACAUACCCGUCUCUCCGUCUCCAGAGAGAUUUAGUAGUGCGUGUGGGCAAUUGCGCUGAGAAGUGGAGAGGACACAUUUCACUGAGACAUCCCAGUGAAGACCUCUGGAGACCAUGACCAAGAAAAGAGUUGCUGUGAUUGGGGGAGGUGCCAGCGGGCUCACCUCUAUAAAGUGCUGCCUGGAAGAAGGCUUGGAGCCCACCUGCUUUGAAAGGACUAAUGACAUCGGAGGGCUUUGGAGAUUCCAGGAAAAUCCUGAAGAAGGAAGGGCCAGCAUUUAUAAAUCAGUAAUCAUCAAUACGUCUAAGGAGAUGAUGUGCUUCAGUGAUUAUCCCAUCCCAGAUGAUUUUCCUAACUUCAUGCACAACUCCAAGGUCUUGGAGUAUUUCAGGCUGUAUGCCAAAGAAUUUGACCUUCUAAAGUAUAUUCAGUUUAAGACCACUGUAUGCAGUGUGAAGAAGCAGCCUGAUUUCUCCACUUCAGGUCAAUGGGAGGUGGUCACAGAAUCUGAAGGAAAAAAGGAGGUGAAAGUCUUUGAUGGAGUCAUGGUUUGCACCGGCCAUCACACCAAUGCGAACCUUCCCUUGGAGAGCUUCCCUGGAAUCGAGAAGUUCAAAGGACAGUACUUUCACAGUCGAGAAUAUAAGAAUCCUGAGAACUUCACUGGAAAGAGAGUCAUUAUAAUUGGAAUUGGGAAUUCUGGAGGGGAUCUGGCUGUGGAAAUUAGUCACACAGCCAAGCAGGUUUUCCUCAGCACCAGGAGAGGGGCUUGGAUCCUGAAUCGUGUAGCAGACCAUGGAUAUCCUUUUGAUGCAUUGCUGUCUUCUCGAUUUAAAUAUGUUCUUUCAAAGAUUUGUGGUCAAUCAUUAACAAACUCAUUUUUGGAAAACAAGAUGAAUCACAGGUUUGACCAUGAAAUGUUUGGCCUGAAGCCUAAACACAGAGCUUUGAGUCAGCAUCCAACAGUAAAUGAUGAACUGCCAAAUCGUAUAAUUUCUGGCUCUGUGAAGGUGAAAGGAAAUGUGAAGGAAUUCACAGAAACAGCUGCCAUAUUUGAAGAUGGUUCCAGGGAGGAUGACAUUGAUGCUGUUAUCUUUGCCACAGGCUAUAGCUUUGCCUUUCCUUUCCUUGAAGAUUGUGUCAAAGUAGUCAGAAACAAGAUAUCCCUGUAUAAAAAGGUCUUCCCUCCUAACCUGGAAAAGCCAACUCUUGCAAUCAUAGGCUUGGUCCAACCCUUGGGUGCCAUCAUGCCCAUCUCAGAGCUGCAAGCACGCUGGGUCACUCAAGUAUUUAAAGGGAUAAAGACAUUGCCCUCACAAGGUGAAAUGGUAAUAGAAAUAGCUAAGGUUCAAGAGGAAAUGGCCAAAAGGUAUGUGGAAAGCCAACGCCAUACCAUUCAGGGAGACUAUGUAGAGACGAUGGAAGAGCUUGCUGAUCUGGUGGGCGUCAGACCCAAUUUGCUGUCUCUGGCCUUCACUGACCCCAAAUUGGCAUUCAAGUUAUUUUGGGGACCCUGUACUCCAAUCCAGUAUCGUCUACAGGGCCCUGGAAAAUGGGAUGGAGCUCGAAAAGCUAUCCUUACUACAGAAUAUCGUAUCAGGAAGCCACUGAUGACAAAUGUAAAAGAAAGUGAUAAAUCCAUGACUUCAACAAUAACAAUGGCCAGGUUUAUUCUGGCUGCUGUUUUCUUUGCUGUAAUUGUGACCUAUUUCUAGCUGUCCCAUUGUCCUUGCCUUUAUUUUCUCAAUGAAGAAACUGUCUUCAAUGUUCUAGGCUCAUGGAUCUUCCUAAUAAUCUAGCAUCUGCCAAUAGGUUCAACUUGGUUGAAAAACAUGGAACUUUAAAUUAGCUGUCCCGUCUUUUUUUGACCUCUUUGUUUCCAUAUUAGGACCCAAUAAGACUUGACCUUUGGAAAUAUGAUAAGUGGCUGUUAACUUUGUUAGCUGUUAACUUUUGUAGCAUGGCCUACAAAAGUGAUUUGUCUUCUUCCACUCCUACUUUUUACCCCCACCCCUUCUGCCUACACUUAGAGUCUAAAGUAAUAUGUAUUUGAAGAAGUCACUUAUGUACUAAAUUAUAAUUAAAUAUAGGGAAAUUCUGUUUAUAAUAGUUCUUCUUAUAACAUACAGUGUAGUUCUUGAAAAACAGAGCAAAUGAAAUGAAAAGCAGGGUCUCCAGCUUAUGUCCCAGGGAAAAGCUGUUGACUCUGUUUUCUCAUCUGUAGAAUUUUUGCUCUAUUCUUGUCUCCCAGAGAAAUUAAUUAAUUUGAAACUAGAUUUCCUAAAGAAAGAAAGGUACUGGAUAGUUAAGCCAGGUGUAUGUUUAUAAAUAGGCUAUUGUGUAAUAUGUUUUGGGAUUGCUGCCUAUUAUUUAAUAAAAUAUAAAAUUUGAACAGCAUUAGAAAUUACUAUCUUUCCCAAUAUAGACACAUGAAAGAACUAGAAAUGUGAGAACUAGAGUUUCUUCCUAAUCAUACAAUUAUUUAUACAUUCCCUGCCUAAUUUGCCUGUGGCAUAAUGUCUUUUGAAAAUUUGAGAAUUGGUAUUACUUCUUAGGUCUUUUUCCUUUCCUAAUCCUUGUGAUACUGGGACUUAUAAUCAAUUAAAAUGGAUUUAGUAUCUUUUAAUGUGCAGAUUAUUCUGAUUCAAAAGUAAAUUGUGAUGGUGGGAGUCUAGUAAACAUAAUGUUCCUCAUGUAAUUGUAGAUUGAUGAUACCAAAAAAAAAAAAAAGGUAAAUUGAAGGUCAUUUGCUUCUUUUUCAUUUUCUGCUUAACAUGUAAGUUUGUUGAAUUAAUAUUCCUUUGAUAAUAUAAUUCAUAGUUGUCAGCAAUAAGUACCCCAAUUUCCUUUUUAAAUAAAAAUUAUGUAAUUCUAAA